AAGCGGCGUGAAGCGGGUACCGGGAGCGCCCAGUAAGCUUGGCCAGCCUCCUCAUCUCCCGAGCCUCAUCUCACACGCUCUCUCGCCGCCAGCAUCUCACUGCCGGACCGGGAGAAGUUGCUAUCACGCUGUCGUUGUGGUUAUUGCUCUUAUCGACGGGGAUAUCAUCAUUACUUUGCGAUUGAUAACGUUUUUAGAGUACUUUCUCAAGACGCUGGUUGGUAUAUAUACGAGGAGAGAAAGAGAAGGAUAAAAAAGAGGAGAGAGAAAUGGAUCUAGUCGAAAAGCCUGGAGAUCCACGGUGAAGGGUGAUGUGUAUUGAUGUGAUUUCAUUCUUACGUGUUUAUUUUUUUAUGUCGCAGUGAAGUUCUUUCUCGGGCAGGAGUGUUUUUCUUCUCUUUGUUUUUUUCUUCUGGUGUUUUUGUGGGUAAAAAUGCCACGUACUGAUGGGUCUCCCAGUCGUCCUCAGCAUACUGCGUCCUUCCCUUCAUGAUGAUCUUGAAACGAUAAGAGACAAUCCUGCAAGGGCUUCAGGGAAAAGGGAGGACAUCAAGUGAAACAGGACGAUGGAAAGGGGAGAAGGGCAAGGACAAGAAGCGAUGGCUGAAGCGAAAAGAGAGGAGUGGGGAGAGAAGGAGAUAAAGGAGGAAAGAACGGAGGAGGAGGAAAAGAAAGAUGAAAAGAGAGAAGAGGAAAAUGAUACGGAGAAUAAGGAGAAUGAGGAGAAGAAAGAUGACGAAAUGAGGAAAGAAAAGGAAAAGAAAGACGAACUAAUAAAGCAAAGAGAAAAGCAAGAGAAACGAGAAAAGGAGACACACCUUUCGCCUCCCGACGUCGCUCGCCAAGGACGCCACGACGGCCCCCUGGAGGAGCCGAAGCCCCGAGGGCAGGCGGCGCCCGAGGAGGACCUGGCCCCUCCCGACGGCGGCUGGGGGUGGGCGGUCACCGUCGGAGCCUUCAUCAUCAUGAACCUGCUGCCGAUGAUCCCUCCCUGCUUCGGCAUCCUCUUCUCCCGCUUCCUGCUGGACCUCCACACGUCGUCCACCACCACGGCCUGGAUCUUCAGCAUCUUCUGCUUCAUUUGGAACCUGUUCGCCCUGGUGUGCCGCCCGCUGACCCGGGAAUUCGGCUGGCGCCCCAUCGCCCUCUACGGCAUCCUCUCCACCGCCCUCGCCCUCAUGGUCUCCGCCUUCGCGCCCACGGCAGAGUUCCUCCUGUUCUCCUUCGCUCUCCUGGCGGGCUCCGGCUGCGGCAUGGUGGUGUGCAUCUGCUUCUGCAUCGUGCCCCUGUACUUCGAGCGCCGCCGCGGCCAGGCCAACGCGAUCAUGAUGGCGGGCGCCGGCCUCGGGCAGAUCACCGGACCUCCUCUGAUUGAGUUCCUUCAGAAGGCGCUCGGCUUCAAGGGCGCGUCCCUGGUCAUGGGGGCGGUGGUGCUGCACGGCUGCAUCGGGGCCUCGCUCUUCCACCCCAUCUCGUGGCACCAGAAGAGGCGUCCGCGGAGGGACGGCGAAUCGGGGGCCAAGGGGGGCGCCGAGGAGCCCUUGCUCGCCACACGGGGGACGACUCUCUCCGGCGGCGUCUCGGGAGCCCCCUCGAUGGAGAGCCUCGCUGGAGAUUCGGAGAAUAAGACAGCGAGCAACAACAUCCCGGCGAAGAAGGCGCUGCCGUUGGGUCGCUGUCGCCGACGCGGCAGCCACGUCUCUCGAAACUCUCUGGCAUCGGUCGGAGGCUCCUCUCUCGCCCUCUCGUCCAUGGACCUCCCUGGCAUCGCCGCGCUGGCCCCCGCAGCUGCAGAAGACGGGGAGGACGUCCCUCACGACACCGAUUCCCGCUGCUUCCUCUUCAAGAUCCUCGGGCGAGUGUGGCGGUCCACCCUGGCGGACCUGGGGGUGCUCCGUUCCCCCGAGGCCAUCAUCAUAGCGGUGUCCUUCUCCCUCUGCGUCAACGGCUACAUCACCUUCGUCAUGAUGGUGCCCUUUGCCAUGGAGGCCGAGGGCUUCACGCUGCAGGACUCCGCGAUCUGCAUCUCCAUCUCGGCGGUGUGCAACCUCGCGCUGAGGAUCACGGCGUCCUUCCUCUCCGACUGGCACCGGUUCAGCGUCAGGCACUGCUACCGGGCGGCCGUGCUCCUGAUAUCGGUGGCCACGUUUGCCUUCCCCUGGCGACGGAGCUCGUGUGGAUGAAGGUGGCGAUGGGCGCGUGGGGCGCGGGCGUGGGCGCCAAGAUGAGCCUCUACAACCUGGUCAUCAUCAAUGUCGUGGGGAUCGACCGGCUGCCGGCCAUGGUCGGGUCGACGGGCCUCACCACCGCCGUCGGGUUCAUCGU